AUGUCUUGGAGGACAUUUGACGCCCAAACGGACAUCAGUGUCGCUGCCGUCGUUGGACGUCGGUGGCCCGAUCUCCAUCCUGCCCUCCCACUCUCCCCCUUCCUCCCCAGUGCCGUCCCGCUGCGUGAUGAGGUCCGAUAUGGAAACCCUAGUGAUAUCCUGUGUCGUCAUCGUGCCGCGCUUGCGUGUCCAAUGACGAUCGAGGUCGAUGCGCGUGUGGGGGGCAUGGGAUGGGUUGCGGCAGAAUGUAGGUCGUAUCGGGGCAAUGGCAGGGAUGCAUGGGUCACGUCGUCAACGUACAAUGUUGCGGUCAUAUCUGGCAGUGCUGCCUCGGGUGAGGGCUUACGGAUCUUGGGGCUGCCGGAUACGCCAAAAAGACCUAAAUUUGACAUGAUACCCUCAUCUCAUGAUAAUCCUCAAUUUACGUUGGUUGCCCCACAUUUUAGGGCACUUGUAAGCAAAUACCAGUUCUAUAUAUUUGUGCACCAUCUCAAUAGAUAUGACUAUCAUAUGUUCGAGGUACAGAAAGCCCUAGGAGUAUGGGAUUGCAAGGGUAUUCUGUCCUAUGCCCCUAAUUGGGGUGCAUCCGGCAAAUUCCGACCAUGGUGA